AUGUCUAUUUACACAGUCUUUCCAUUUUAUUGCACCCUCUCACACUCUCUCAAAUACAGUUUUUUCUAUGUUGAGCUCUCUUUUCUGUUACAUGUAGAAUUUCUAAUUCCUUCUCUUUUCUUUCAAUCCAACACCCCUCGACAUAGUUUCUUUCAAUUUCUUUCUCUCUUCCAACUUCUCACAUGCAGAUUCUCUCCCACUCUCUGUCUCUCUCUCUCUCACUUUCUUUCAAUACCCAGAAUCUACCCACCCUUAGAUUCUGUCUUUUUACUCUUUCUUCCUUUCUUUCAUUCUUUCUUUCCAUCUUUCUCUUCAUCUCCACUUUUAAUAAGACAUUUUCAAUACAAGCAAUUUUGGCCAAACAUCAUUUGUUUAUACUUUCUUUCUUUAUGCAUUUCCACUAUUCCCAUUCUUUCUUUCUUUCUUUCUUUCUUUCUUUUUAUAUCCACUGUUAAUAACACAUUUUCAAUACAAGCAUUUUUGACCAAACAUCAUUUGUUUAUACUUUCUUUCUUUAUGAAUUUUCACUAUUCCCUUUCUUUCUUUCGUUCUUUCUUUCUUUCUUUCUUUCUUUCUUUCUUUCUUUCUUUCUCCACUUUUAGUAACACAUUUUCAAUACAAGCAUUUUUAGCCAAACACCUUUUGUUUAUACUUCCUUUCUUUCUUUCUUUCUUUCUUUCUUUCUUUCUUUCUUUCUUUCUUUCUUUCUUUCUCCACUUUUAG